AUGUCCUACGAAAUUGAGCAUUCCACCACCCCCGCUGACAACAAUACCACUAACACAAGGCCUCCUCCCCGCCGCCCGGACCUCUCCUCCUUUUUCGCAACCCUACAAGAAAUCACUCCGAACCCCAGUGAGGUACGCACCCGGCCAUAUGCUGUUCCCGUGCCAGGCGACAUCAGCGCAGCCUACAGGUCACUCGCAGAGGCUCUGAAUGUCAUGCGCCACGAGACAGGCGAGGACGGGUUCCCGGUGCAUGAUGGGCGUGAUGAAGGUCUGGGAAAUGUUGCGGAGGGUGAAGAUGCGACGGGGGGAGUAGGAUUGUUGUCGAAUAUGAUUUCGAUCCUGUUGCAGGAAGCGGAAGCACCUCCCAGGGAGGUGGAAGGGGUUGGGGAAACGUUUUGUGAUGGCCUCGAGCGCGUUCCAACCUCCAGCCUGAAAUCCACACAAGCAUGCCCUAUCUGCAGCAACCCCUUCCUUGACGACCCGUAUCCCCUCGUCGUCCGUCUCCCGUGUCACACAUCGCACCUAUUCGACCUCGAAUGUGUCCGCCCCUGGCUCCGGCUGCGCGGGACAUGUCCACUUGACCGGACUGAUUUCGGCAAGAAGGAACGCGAGCGUGAGCGGGAGAGGGUCGAGCGGUUGAUGAAGAAAGGGAACGGAGAUGAUGAGGAUGAAGAUUGGGAUGGGAUGUAUGCGUGA